CGUCCUAAGAACAGACAAAUUCUCUCGCACAACCACAGUGCAGUCGUCAGUGCCAGGAAGUUUAACGUUGACCCCACCCACAUUUCAGUUUUGUCAGUCGACCCCCAGAGUUCUCCUGCUUCAAGACCCAGUCUAGGACAUUCAGAGUUGGGAGAAGUGGCCCCAGAAAGAAAAGCAUCUGAGAGAGGAACAGCUGUGGCCAUUGCAGUAGAAUGGCUACUAUCAAAAAACCAGAAAAGAACAGGAGCUGGCAAGGAUGGGGAGAAACUGGAGCUUCGUGCACUGUUGGUGGGGCUGCUGUGGAAAACAGUGUGGAGGUUCCUCAAAAAACCAGCGGUAGAACUACCGGAUGAGUCAGCAGUUCCAUAUCUGGAUUUGGAAUGGAGAGAAAUGGAAGGAGAUGAUUGCGAGUUUCAUUAUGGAGAUGUUACAAAUGAGGCUCAGGACAGCGACUUUCCAACAGUGGAGAGGAGCCGCCUGCAGGACAUGCUGUCACUUUUGGGACUAGAGACGUACCAGGUCCACAGACUCGGCCUGCAGGACGCCCUGCAGAUCAGCAGCGACAGCAUGAGGAGCCGGGCUCCUCAGACGCCCAAGGACUUGCCCUGGAGUUUCCUCCGGAAGCUGCAGGCCCUCAACACCGAGGCCAGGAGCACCAGCAUGGUGCUGGACGUGGCCCUGGAUGCCCGGCCUGUGGAGAAGGAGAGCCAGCUGGGAGAGGACAUCGUCUACUGGGACACAGCCGAUGACAUCUCUGCCGACAUCUACUCCUUCUCCGAGCUGCCCACGCCUGACACGCCCGUGAACCCCCUGGACCUGCUCUGCGCCCUGCUGCUGUCCUCUGACAGUUUCCUGCAACAGGAAAUCGUGCUGAAAAUGUCUCUUUGCCAGUUCGCACUCCCUCUCGUUCUGCCGGACUCGGAAAAUCACGGCCACACCUUCCUGCUGUGGGCCAUGAGGGGCGUGGUGCGGACGUGGUGGUCCCAGCCCCCGAGGGGUGCGGGCAGCCUCAGGGAGGACAGCGUGGUCCUGCCCCGGGCGCCCACCUUCGCCUUCGUGCGCAUGGAGGUCAGCAGCAACUCCAAGUCCCAGCUGCUUAACGCUGUGCUCAGCCCAGGCCACAGGCAGCGCCACUGCUUCUGGCAUCGGGAUCUGAGUGUGGGCAGCAGCCCUCGGGAGAUUGCGGACGGGCUGGUGGAGGUGUCCUGGUCACUGCCCAGUGGUAGGGAGGACCUGGACCUUUUCCCAGAGCCCGUGGCCUUCCUGAACCUCAGAGGCGACAUUGGGUCUCAUUGGCUGCAGUUCAAGCUGUUGACUGAAGUGUCCUCGGCUGUGUUCAUCCUGACCGACAACAUCAGUAAGAAGGAGUACAAGCUGCUGUCCUCCAUGAAGGGCUCGGCCACCAAGUGCUACUUCAUCCUGAGUCCCUAUCGUGGGAAGCGGAACGCGAACCUACGCUUCCUGAACAGGUUGAUCCCCGUGCUGAAGGUGGACCACUCCCACGUCCUCGUCAAGGUCAGCAGCACCGACAGCGCACGCUUCGUGCGCAGGGUCCGCUCCAUCGUGGCGCACGUGGCCCGUUCCCCCUGCCGCAGGGUGUCGGUGGAGGACAUGGCCCACGCGGCCCGCAAGCUGGGGCUGAAGGUCGACGAGGACUGUGAGGAGUGUCAGCAAGCGAAGGACAGGAUGGAGCGCAUCACCAGGGACAUCAGGGACGCAGACGCUUUCCGCCGGGACGUGCUGAGGCUGCAGGGGGAGCCGUGGCGGAAGGCGGCCCAGGUGGAACGGGAGCUCCGCCAGGCGCAGCGGGCGGCGGACCCAUCAGAGAAGCAGCGGGCGGAGCUGAGGCAUCGGCUGGUGGACCUCCGGACGCAGCAGAACGGCCACAGCCCCACGGGCGGGCUGCAGGACUUCAUCGCGGGCAUCGGCGGCCCCUCCGUGCGCGAGAAGCAGUACUUCCUCAGGUGGAUGGAGUGGGGGCUGGCCUGGGCGGCCCAGCCGAGGCCGAGGCCACCUCUGGAGCCAGCUGUCACUCUGAAGCCACAGCAGGGCGAGCUGCCCAGGCCGGAGCCCCUGGGGGUGGAGCAUUUCCUGCGGGAGAUGGGCCAGUUUUACGAGGCAGAAAGCUGCCUGGUAGAGGCUGGGAAGCUGUCCGCUGGCCAGAGGCGGUUUGCCCACUUCCCGGGCUUGGCUGUGGAGCUGCUGGUGAGGGGGCUGCCCCUGGAGCUGACAGACGGGAGCACCCUGAGCACCCCGCUGCGCUGGGUCACGGGGCUCCUGAAGGAGCUGCAUGCGCGCCUGGAGAGACGGUCACGGCUGGUGGUGUUGUCAGCGCUGGGCGUGCCGGGCACUGGCAAGUCCACUCUCCUCAACACCAUGUUUGGGCUGCGAUUCGCCACACGGAGGGCUCGUGGUCCACGAGGGGCCUUCAUGCAGCUCGUCACAGUGGCUGAGAGCUUCAGCCAGGACUUGGGCUGCGACCACAUCCUGGUGAUAGACUCGGGGGGCUUGAUAGCGGGGGCCCCGGCCACAGCCAGUGGGCGCUUUGAGCUCGAGGUUUCCUUGGCCACUUUGAUUAUGGGGCUGAGCAAUGUCACCGUGGUCAGUUUAGCUGAGACAAGGGACAUUCCACCAGCCAUUCUACAUGCGUUUCUGAGGUUGGAGAAAGCGGGGCACAUGCCCAGCUAUCAGUUUGUGUACCAGAACCUCCACGAUGCGUCUGCCCCCGGCCCUAAGCAGAGGGAAAGGAGGCAGCUCCCAGACGCCCCGGCCGAUGGGAGCAGGGCCACAGCACAGCUGGAGAAGCAGGGCGACGGCCUCCGGACGCUAGCCGACCUGGCCUUCUGCGACCCCGAGAAGCAGCACGUCUGGCACAUCCCCGGCUUAUGGCACGGAGUGCCCCCCAUGGCCUCUGUGAGCUUGGGGUACAGUGAAGCCAUCUUCGAGUUGAAGAGGUGCCUGCUGGAGAACAUCAGGAACGGCCUGUCUGACCCCAGCAGGAGCUCCCAGCAGCUCAUCGAGCUAGUGAGACGGCUGUGAGUGCAGCUGCUCCGAGGGGUGUCUGCAUGGGGCUGGACCAGACCCAUGUGCGAAGGGAGAAAAUGAGACGGGGGUGUGGAGCUUCCCAAACGGGGUUAGGAAAGGAGGAGCCCCCAGACCAGCUGGGAGACGCGCUCGGAGCUGGAGACUCGGCCGUCUCGGCGCCUUCGGAGGCCCCUUGGGUCAGCCUCCUGUGCAGCUGCUCUCCUGUCCGCCCCUGAGGAGGCGCGGGCGCCACUCCCCCUUGGCACUCGGGUACCCGGGAUGGGCGGGGAGGUGCCCAGGAAGCAGAGGUAGGCUUCUCGGUGAGCCCACGCCGGCGACUGAUCGCCCCGUAAGCGAGGGCUGCGGGCGUCUGUUUAUUGAGCCUCCUGUGCAGCCUCCUCCCCCAGGAGUCCCACUCGCCGUUCCACCCUGUAGCGUUAGUUCACGCGCUGGCCUGGCACUGAACACACGGGCGUGCCUGCUCACGCGUCUGCCCUCGGCCAUGCGCUCCCGAGGCCAGGGCUGUGUGACACAGCUCUAGGCACUAAAUAAAUGUUUGUUACACGAAGGAAAUGAGUGAAUGGACAAAGGUGGUACAGGCAGGUUCCUGGCUGUGCCUUUAUUGUCCUGUUUCCUCAGAGGGUCACAGUGGCUGUCUGAGGGAGAGGUGCGCUGCGGACACCUGGGAAGAGGUCUCAGAAAGUGCCGUGCCAUCCUCUAGGCAGGUUUUUACUGGGAAGCUGAACUAAAAGUCCUUGCAGUGACUCCAGGGUGACGCUGUCAUUAUCCCAUUUGGUGGGUGAGGACAGGGCCAGGAGCAGGGAAGCAGCAUGCCCCAGCCACCCACCUGCAUGGCGCCCUCGGUCCCACAUUGCUGCUUCCUGACGCUCGUCCCACAGCAGCCAGGCUCACCCGGCCUGGGCCUCGGCGUCAGCCCUUUGUUUCAUUCCCUGCCUCUGGUGCCAAGUUCCCUUCCGCUCACCUUGCUGCCAUUUGAGCCAGACCUUGGGACCCCUCCCAUCGGUUCUCUAGCGGAAAGCCUUGCCUGUGUCGGCCCUUACCCAGGUCAGGGUCACCAGGCCACGCCUUGGAACCCAGUCCCGGCAGUGUCCCUCGCUCUGGGCGCCUCGGCUUAGAUCUUGGGGCCUCCUUCCCUCUCUGUUUUCUGGCUGCAGGGAAGCCGGGCCCCUAGGUGGGUGACCAGGAGCUCCUGUGUGUGUGCGCCUUUGCCGACUCAAUAAGUGAGCGCUCUGCACGGCCCUUCCUGGAACGCAGACUCCUGGCACCUUCUCUGGAGUCCUGGGACAGCUGUGACUCCCUUGGUGUCCAGAGCAUGGCCCCGUGUUCUGUGAGCCUUCAGACAUGCUAGCCAGGUGGAAUGCCGUUCUGGAAGUCUGGAAGCUCACCUUUCGCUAAUAAAUUCAGGAAAACCUUUUUCCUUCUGAAACUUGAA